AUGCGCAAUCGUCAGCCGCGAUUUAAAGGCGCAUUUAGAGGCGAGGUCGAACGGCCUAGUGCUAGCUACAUUGUUGAUAUGCUCCCUCCCCUGGCGAGGGUUACCUAUCCUGCAGACUCUGUUCCUACAAAGCAUCUUCAUUCAUCUCUGAAUAAGAUUAAGCAUCCCGUCAAUGUUGUACGGUGGACUCCAGAAGGACGUCGACUGUUAACAGCGUCAAGUAGUGGCGAGUUUACUCUGUGGAAUGGCACUGGCUUUAACUUUGAGACUAUUAUGCAAGCUCACGAUGUUGCUAUCCGAGCUUUAGCUUACUCGCAUAGCGAUGACUGGCUGAUAUCCGCUGAUCACGACGGUAUUAUUAAGUACUGGCAGCCUAACUUCAACAACGUCCAAGUGAUCCAGGGCCAUCAUGACCCCAUCCGGGAUCUUGCUUUUAGCCCCAACGACUCUAAAUUUGUUACGGCAUCCGAUGAUUCCUCCCUCAAGAUCUUCGAUUUUGCUGGUGGUGUUGCCGAGUCGACACUGCAGGGCCACGGUUGGGACGCGAAAAGCUGCGACUGGCAUCCCACAAAAGGAUUGAUCGUUUCGGGAUCAAAGGACCACCUGGUCAAGCUCUGGGACCCUAGGACUCAACGUUGUCUAACUACGCUACAUGGCCAUAAAAAUACUAUUACUAAGACAUCAUUCGAACGUGUUAUGGGAUGGUGUCUCGCGACGUCAGCUCGAGAUCAAACGGCGAGGAUAUUUGAUAUACGGAUGAUGCGAGACAUCUGUCUUCUUAGGGGACACGAGAAGGAUAUAUCAACGCUUGCCUGGCAUCCGAUUCACUCGAAUCUGCUCAGUACCGGAGGUAAUGAAGGUUCUUUGUUCCACUACAUACUAGACGAGCCAAACACACCGGCAGGACAAGCCAUCAGCACAGCUGUUUACGAAAGUCCGGAUCCGUUGUCAGCACCUGCGCAAUCCAUAUACCCAACGCACAAGAUUCCUUACGCUCACGACUUCGCAAUAUGGUCCCUUGACUGGCACCCUCUUGGCCAUAUCUUAGCUUCUGGUUCAAAUGACCGUAUUACUCGGUUUUGGUCUCGCGCCCGGCCUGGCGAGGCUGACAUCUUCCAAGAUAGAUAUCACAUCGGCGAGGCGGCAGCGGAAGCUCAAGGUACCUGGGAUCGACGCGGUGGACGUCGUCAACGUCAAGAAGAAGAGGAACAGGAGCUAGAGGAUGAGGCAGAAGGGUUAGUGGACCAGAAGAUGCCGCUUAGACAACCAGUAUCUGCUUUCCCAGGCCUUCCAGGUCUCUCUUUACCCGCUGGUGGUAUACCUCCUCCACCUCCUCAAAUCCCAGGAGUUGGUGCUAUUCCUGCCCCAGCUACAGCACCGCCUCUACCGUUCCCUAUCCCUGGUGCGGUUGGUGCUCCACCUCCGCCGCUCCCAGGCGGCUUAGAUCCCAAUAAUCCAGCCGACUUUGCCAAGAUAGCAGAGAUGAUGCAGAAAGCCGGCUUGCCUCCCCCGCCGCCUCCCAAUAUGCUUCCACCGGGGUUAUUCCCACCUCCGAAUUUCCCAAUACCACCCGGAUUUCCACCUCCCCCCCCUUCUGCACAGGGAGGCGUUGAUAUGCAGGCUAGCGAUAGCAACAAUGGCCGGAGAAGAGCACCCCUCCCUAGUCAGGAAGAAAGUCUACGAAUGGAACAGAAGAAAGGGAAUUACACUCGAGUGCGUUAG